AUGCUUAAGGUCAACAGGAUUGAGGUAAAUAGCCAGAAGACAACAGAGAAAAAGAGUAAGCCAUGGAUUGUACACAUCUUCAACUACGAAUGCUACAUCACCUGCAUUACUGGUUGCUAUAGCUGCCAUUGGAAAACCAAGCUGAAGAAAAAAGCUAGAUGUGGAACCUGCUGCUGUUCUUGGAGAGAGAAAUUAUUUUACCCAUUUCUGGUUAUUGCAUUUUGCAUGUCUUCAGUUUUGCUGUUCGUGUGGAUAGAAACCAAAAAUGAAUAUCAUGGCUUUGACUGGGUUGUUUAUCUAGUUUCAGGAUACUGGUACUUCUGGUCUCUUCUUUUGCUGAGUUUAUUUGCAAUCCUGGUUGCCUACACUUCGUUACUGUUGAUACUUGGAUUUUUGUUGGUUUGGGAAGGGUAUGAACUGUACCUGCACUGGAAUCAUAAGAUCCUGACUGUGCUAGUGAUUCUGAUAUGCACGUUUUUCAUGGCGGUUUUAUGCAUUUACUGGAAUGACAGGUGGCUGACAUUUGGGCUCUCACUGAAGGUCUUUGCUCCCUACAUGCACCUGAGCUGCAUAACCAUGAUGGUUCUCCUUUCCUAUCCCGUGGCCUUCUAUUUGGUCACUUUGGAACAAGAAGCUAGAUUCAUGAGAGACCAGAUGAUAUUUUUCAAGAGAAAAGAAAAGAAGAGAUGUAAUAAAGUCACAAAGCUGAGAGCUGCACAAGUGGCUAUUGGAUUGCCUUUUUUCUUUAUCCUUUUAUGUCUGUGUGUGGUGCCAUGGGGAUAUUAUUCUCCCUGCCUUGUGGAGAAGAAUAAAUUGGGACCCAAACCAGACCUCUUUGGACAUAGAGGUGCACCCAUGCUGGCACCUGAGAACACCAUAAUGUCCUUUGAGAAAGCUGUUGAAAAUGGGGCCUUUGGGCUGCAGACUGAUGUAUACAUAAGUUUUGAUGGAGUGCCUUUUCUCAUGCAUGACUAUGACCUGAGAAGAACAACCAAUAUCAAGGAGGUCAUACUAAAUGAUUCUAUUGUACCAGGUUCCAUGUACUAUUGGGAUUUUCUGUCAACUCUGAAUGCUGGCAAAUGGUUUGUACAACCACAGCUCCGACCAUUUCACAAUAUGAAACCCUUAUCAGAGGCUGAUAAAGAAAAAGCAAGACAACAGGUGAUUCCAAAACUAAGUGAUUUAUUGGAACUUGCACAGAAGGAGAAAGAAAUUGUGAUAUUUGAUCUUCGUAGACCUCCUGGAAAACAUCCUUUUAGAAAAACAUUUAUCCAUCGUGUUGUACGUGUGAUUCUUGACUCUAAUAUUGAGCAACAUCUGAUUUAUUGGUUGCCUGGUUUUGACAGGGAUUAUGUCAAACAGAAAGCUCCUGGUUUUCAACAGGUGGGCCGGUUAAGCCCCAUUGAAGAACUUACAAAAGAAAAUAUCAGUAUCAUAAGUGUUGACUACAAGAGGUUAUUCCACAAUGGGUUGAGAGACUAUAAAGCAGCUAACAUCACCAUCAACUUGUAUAUCGUCAAUGAGCCUUGGCUCUUCUCACUGGCCUGGUGCUCCAGGAUUCACUCAGUGACCACAGACAACAUUCAGCUUCUGAGGCAGAUAAAUCACCCUCAUUACGUCAUGACACCAAGUCACUAUACGUUCAUAUGGUUUCUCAUGGAUAGUGUUUCUGCGAUUUUCAUUUUUGCCAUAUUUUAUUAUACGGAGAGUAUAAGCCUCCAAAAGGGAAAAAGUGAGAAUCAAGAAUCUUCAGAUUUGUUCACAGAGCCACCCUUUCGAGUUGCAGAAAGACCUUGGACUCUAAAACCUCUCUAUCCAGCUUUAACCAACAGCAUAAAGAAGUACCCAGGCUCUCGCCAAUUUUCAGUAGUUCCUGAGAAUGACAACAGAGCAAGACAAGGAAACCAUCAAAUCACUGAUGCCUGAAGGGAUUAUAUUAGACAACUGAUACCUUCCAAGGCCUUUAAUUCCAACCAAACACCCAUCUGGGAGGCCACUAGAGAGGCUACCCUCCAAACUGCAUUGCUUGCCAUGAAGAUGAAUGAACCAACAAUCUCCUCCAUAGCAGUCCUUCAUCCUGAAACACAACCCCAAAGAUCUCCCACUAUUGAAUCCUCCAGAGAAUCCUCUCUUAUACUGAUUUCCACCACAUCCAGCAUGUCCUCAUCCUUUGGGCUGUCCUCAAAGAAGAAUUAA